AAUAGUCUCCGAUGCUCAGCCUCUAGUCCACUAGCCUGACAAGGUACAAUAAAUAUUUAGUCUUCAAGAGCUGUGUAAUGCUGAAAGCAGAGUGUGGAGGUCAUGAAACAAAGGGCAUGUGUGAAGAUCCAGAGACCAGAUAGGAUGGGUUUCUGAAUGUUACUGCUGGCCCUGUUGUCCUGUCUGAUUUUGCUAUGGUUUAUUUUGACCAAAAUGGCAAAUUCUCAGCCCGUUAACCAGCUAAAGUCAGAGACUGAGAGACCUAGUCCUGAGCCGCCAGCAGCCUCUGAAAACAAAGAGAAACCUUCAAAAGGAUCAACAUGCCAACUGCAGGAGAGGGCUGUAACACCACCCCAGUCCACAGAGCCUGGUCACACCUCACUGACCUCUGGACAAGUGUCCAUGGAUGCCUUUCAGCAAGCAGCAAGUAUGCUUUGGCAACACAAACUUCCAAAUAUCCCUUCUUCCUCUGACGUGUCAGAGCCGGCACAAGAUGUUCCAGCAAACAGUUUAGCAGAGCCUUUAUCUCAAGUUCCGCUUCCUUCAUCAAAGCAGCAGAUGAAGCUAAAGAAGUCCAUCUCCAGGGAAAAGCAGGAGCAGUUUAUAGAACGCACUCAGGUACAGCUCAAAAAACAAGCGAUGGCAAAAUUUGUCCUGGGCUCUUUUGAAGAUAACUCGUCUGAUGAUGAGCUGGUACCUGGAUCCUUUAAAGUCACUAGCAGAAGUAGCGUGAUGAGCGUUGGUUCCUCCUCCUCUUUUGAGUCCUUUUCGCUAACGUCUUCUUCCACAACCAUGAGGCCUAGCAUGUCAGGGCUGCACCUGGUCAAGAGAGGCCGAGAGCAGAAGAAGCUGGAUCUCCAGAGGGAUUUCACCGUCGCCUCACCUGCUGAGUUCGUGACUCGUUUUGGGGGGAACCGCAUUAUUGAAAAGGUUCUGAUUGCAAAUAAUGGCAUUGCUGCUGUGAAGUGCAUGCGCUCCAUCCGCAGGUGGGCCUACGAAAUGUUCAGAAAUGAGCGAGCAAUUCGAUUUGUUGUCAUGGUUACGCCUGAAGAUCUUAAAGCAAAUGCAGAGUACAUCAAAAUGGCUGAUCACUAUGUGCCUGUCCCUGGGGGAGCCAACAACAACAACUAUGCCAACGUAGAGCUGAUCGUGGAUAUUUCCAAGAGGAUUCCGGUGCAGGCCGUGUGGGCUGGCUGGGGCCAUGCUUCUGAAAACCCUAAGCUUCCAGAGCUGCUGCAGAAACAUGGGGUGGCUUUCCUAGGUCCUCCCAGUGAAGCCAUGUGGGCUUUGGGAGAUAAAGUGGCUUCCACCAUUGUAGCCCAGACUGUCCAGAUCCCCACAUUGCCAUGGAGCGGAAGUGGUCUCAUGGCAGAAUGGACAGAGGAGGAUUGUGAGCAGCGGAGAACAAUCAGCGUCUCCCUAGAGACUUAUGCACGAGGCUGUGUAAAGGACGUGGAUGAAGGCCUGGAGGCGGCCGAGAGGAUUGGCUAUCCUGUGAUGAUAAAAGCUUCGGAAGGCGGCGGUGGCAAAGGAAUCCGGAAAGCAGAGACCGCAGAGGAAUUCACUGGCUGCUUCAGACAAGUACAGAGCGAGGCCCCAGGGUCCCCCAUCUUUGUGAUGAAAUUAGCCCAGCACGCCCGGCACCUGGAGGUGCAGGUCCUUGCCGAUCAGUAUGGGAACGCGGUUUCGUUGUUUGGCCGCGACUGCUCCCUACAGCGCAGGCAUCAGAAAAUAAUUGAAGAGGCACCGGUGACGGUAGCAGCUCCCUCUGUGUUUGACUUUAUGGAGCAGUGUGCAGUACGCCUUGCAAAGAUGGUGGGCUAUGUGAGUGCAGGGACAGUCGAAUACCUCUAUAGUGAAGAUGGCGGCUUCCACUUUCUGGAGUUAAAUCCCCGCCUGCAAGUAGAACAUCCUUGCACAGAAAUGAUUGCUGAUGUGAACUUACCUGCGGCUCAGCUACAGAUUGCAAUGGGUGUCCCCUUGCACAGAAUAAAAGACAUCCGAGUGCUGUAUGGAGAGUCGCCAUGGGCUGAUACACCCAUCUGCUUUGAGAGCCCUGCGAAUAUCCCAGUGCCCAGAGGCCAUGUCAUUGCUGCUAGAAUCACCAGUGAAAACCCUGAUGAGGGGUUCAAGCCAAGCUCAGGGACAGUGCAGGAGCUGAAUUUCCGUAGCAGCAAGAAUGUCUGGGGUUAUUUCAGUGUGGCAGCUGCUGGCGGUUUGCACGAAUUUGCUGAUUCGCAGUUUGGGCACUGUUUCUCCUGGGGAGAGAACCGCGAGGAGGCCAUCUCGAAUAUGGUUGUGGCGCUGAAAGAGCUGUCGAUCCGUGGGGAUUUCAGAACAACAGUCGAGUACCUGAUUAAGCUGCUGGAGACUGAGAGCUUUCAGAACAAUGAGAUAGAUACUGGGUGGCUGGACCACCUGAUUGCUGAGAAAGUGCAGGCCGAGAAGCCAGACACCAUGCUGGGCGUGGUUUGCGGUGCCCUGAAUGUAGCAGAUGCCCUGUUUAGGACUUGUAUGACUGACUUCCUGCAUUCGCUUGAAAGGGGCCAAGUUCUGCCAGCGGCUUUCCUGCUGAACAUUGUAGAAGUGGAGCUUAUUUAUGAAGGUGUGAAGUACGCUCUCAAGGUUGCCCGUCAGUCUCUGACAACUUAUGUCAUUAUCAUGAAUAACACUCACAUUGAGAUAGACGUGCACAGGUUGAAUGAUGGCGGGGUGCUGCUUUCCUAUGAUGGUAACAGUUACACAACGUACAUGAAAGAAGAAGUUGACUGCUACCGAAUCACCGUUGGUAACAAAACGUGUGACUUUGAAAAGGAGAAAGAUCCAACCAUGCUGAGAUCACCCUCUGCUGGGAAACUGCUGAAGUACACCGUGGAAGAUGGAGGCCACAUCUUCGUAGGGCACAGUUUUGCAGAGAUAGAGGUGAUGAAAAUUAUUUUGACCCUGGAGGUGAAGGAAUCUGGCCAUAUACGUUAUAUAAAACGGCCAGGAGCAUUGCUGGAGGCAGGCUGUGUCAUAGCUAGACUCGAGUUAGAUGAUCCUACCAAAGUGCACCCAGCCCAGUUGUAUACAGGUGGCCUCCCCACCCAGCAGAUGUUGCCAAUUGGUGGCCUGAAGCUGCACCAGGUCUUUCACAGUGUCCUGGAGAAUCUGAUCAAUGUCAUGAAUGGCUACUGCUUGCCAGAGCCAUAUUUCAGUGCAAAAAUGAAAGAAUGGGUAUGUGAGCUGAUGAAGACCCUCCGGGACCCCUCCCUGCCUCUUCUGGAGCUGCAGGAGAUCAUGACAAACGUGUCUGGCAGAAUCCCACUGUCAGUGGAGAAAUCCAUUCGAAAAGUGAUGGCACAAUACGCUAGUAACAUCACCUCGGUGCUGUGUCAGUUUCCCAGUCAGCAGAUCGCUAGCAUACUGGACAGCCAUGCAGCCAGUUUGCAGAGGAAGGCAGACCGGGAAGUCUUCUUCAUGAACACACAGAGCAUUAUGCAGCUAGUCCAGAGGUACCGCAGCGGCAUUCGGGGCUACAUGAAAUCUGUCGUGUUAGACUUGCUGAGAAGAUAUUUGCAAGUGGAAACCCAGUUCCAACAAGCCCACUAUGACAAAUGUGUGAUCAACCUGAGGGAGCAGUACAAACUGGACAUGACCCCGGUGCUCGAGUGCAUCUUCUCUCAUGCUCAGGUGGCAAAGAAGAAUCUGCUGGUGAUCAUGUUAAUUGACCAGCUGUGUGGUCGAGACUCCACCAUGACAGAGGAGCUGAUGGCCAUUCUCAAUGAGCUAACACAGCUCAGUAAAACGGAGCACUCCAAAGUGGCUUUGCGAGCCAGACAGGUUUUGAUUGCCUCUCACCUCCCUUCUUAUGAACUGAGACAUAAUCAGGUGGAGUCCAUAUUCCUGUCUGCUAUCGACAUGUACGGCCACCAGUUCUGCCCUGAAAACCUAAAGAAACUGAUCCUCUCGGAAACCACCAUCUUUGAUGUGCUCCCUACCUUCUUCUACCACUCCAACCAGCUGGUGCGCAUGGCAGCUCUGGAGGUGUACGUGAGGAGAGGAUAUAUCGCCUAUGAACUAAACAGCCUGCAGCAUCGUCAGCUCUCAGAUGGCACGUGUGUGGUAGAGUUUCAGUUUAUGUUGCCAUCAUCGCAUCCAAAUAGAGGCAACAGCCCCACUUUGAGCAGGAAUUUUGAUGAAGUGAUCUCCUGCUUUGCCAACCCACCCUCAGAGAGUCCCCUGUUCAGCGAGGCGCGAUCCACACUCUACGAAGUAGAGGACAAUAAGAACAUCCAAGAGGAGCCCAUCCACAUCCUGAACACAGCCAUCCGAUGGGCCGGCCACCUUGAGGAUGAGGAGCUGGUGCCAGUCUUCAGAACCUUUGCUCAGUCAAAGAAAAACAUCCUUGUUGACUGUGGCCUCCGGAGAAUCACAUUUUUAAUUGUGCAGAAGAGCGAAUUUCCAAAGUUUUUUACAUUUAGAGCAAGAGAUGAGUUUGCAGAAGACCGGAUUUAUCGGCACUUGGAACCAGCCCUGGCCUUCCAACUGGAGCUGAAUCGGAUGCGUAACUUUGACCUGACCGCUGUCCCCUGUGCCAACCACAGGAUGCACCUCUAUCUAGGAGCUGCCAAAGUGGAAGAGGGCAAUGAAGUUACUGACUACAGGUUUUUCAUACGAGUCAUUAUAAGACACUCUGAUCUCAUCACUAAGGAGGCCUCCUUUGAAUACCUGCAGAACGAGGGUGAACGGUUACUCCUGGAAGCAAUGGAUGAGUUGGAAGUGGCCUUCAGCAACACCAGUGUCCGCACUGACUGUAACCAUAUCUUCCUCAACUUUGUGCCUACUGUCAUCAUGGAUCCAUCCAAGAUCGAGGAGGCUGUCCGCUCCAUGGUGAUGCGCUACGGCAGCAGGUUGUGGAAACUCCGGGUCCUGCAAGCUGAAGUGAAGAUCAAUAUCCGUUUGACUCCUGUUGGCAAAGCCAUUCCUAUCCGUCUCUUCCUGACCAAUGAGUCCGGCUACUACCUGGAUAUUAGUCUCUACAAAGAAGUGAAUGACCCCAGGACUGGGAAUAUUAUGUUUCACUCCUAUGGGGAUAAGCAAGGGCCACAGCAUGGGAUGCUGAUUAACACACCAUACGUUACCAAGGACCUGCUCCAGUCCAAGCGCUUCCAGGCACAGUCGCUAGGCACUACCUAUGUAUACGACUUCCCUGAAAUGUUCAAGCAGGCUAUCUUUAAAUUGUGGGGCUCUACAGAAAUGUACCCCAAAGAUGUUCUAACCUACACUGAGUUAGUGUUGGAUUCCCAGGGGCAGCUGGUGGAGAUGAACAGGAUACCUGGAGGAAAUGAGGUUGGGAUGGUUGCUUUCAAAAUGAAGCUGAAAACCCCUGAGUAUCCCAAAGGCCGAGACAUCAUUGUUAUCAGUAACGACAUCACCUACAAGAUUGGCUCCUUCGGGCCCGAGGAGGAUCUGCUCUUCCUGCGAGCUUCGCAGCUGGCCCGCUCGGAAGGCGUCCCCCGGAUCUACAUUGCAGCGAACAGCGGGGCACGGAUAGGGUUUGCAGAUGAGAUAAAGCACAUGUUCCAGGUAGCCUGGGUGGAUCCCAUGGAUCCCUACAAGGGGUUCAAGUACCUGUACCUGACGCCACAGGAUUACACGAGGAUCAGCUCUGUGAACUCCGUGCACUGUGAGCAUGUAGAGGAAGGAGGAGAGUCCAGGUAUGUCCUAACUGAUAUCAUCGGUAAAGAUGAAGGGUUCGGUGUGGAGAACCUGAGAGCUUCUGGUGCCAUUGCUGGGGAGUCCUCCAUUGCUUAUGAUGAAAUUGUGACCAUUAGCAUGGUGACAUGUCGUGCCAUUGGAAUUGGCGCUUACCUGGUGAGGCUAGGGCAGCGAGUGAUACAGGUGGAGAAUUCCCACAUCAUCCUCACUGGGGCUAGUGCUUUAAAUAAGGUCCUGGGGCGUGAGGUCUACACAUCCAAUAACCAGCUCGGAGGCGUGCAGAUCAUGCAUCAUAAUGGUGUUUCCCAUGUGACUGUCCCAGACGACUUUGAGGGCGUCUAUACCAUCUUACAGUGGCUUUCGUAUAUGCCAAAGGACAAUCGUAGCCCAGUGCCUGUUACUGCUACAAGUGACCCCAUUGAACGAGAAAUUGAUUUUGUCCCUUCCAAAGCCCCCUACGAUCCCAGAUGGAUGCUGGCAGGAAGACCACAUCCAAUUGUUAAGGGAACCUGGCAGAGCGGCUUCUUUGAUCAUGGCACUUUCAUGGAGAUCAUGCAGCCCUGGGCACAGACAGUUGUAGUUGGCAGAGCAAGAUUGGGAGGGAUCCCCAUCGGUGUGGUAGCAGUGGAGACCCGGACUGUGGAGAUGGUUAUACCAGCUGACCCUGCAAACCUGGAUUCUGAAGCAAAGAUAGUCCAGCAGGCUGGGCAGGUGUGGUUCCCAGAUUCAGCUUUUAAAACUGCCCAGGCUAUAAGGGACUUCGACCGAGAGCAGCUCCCUCUCUUGAUCUUUGCAAACUGGAGGGGAUUCUCCGGUGGCAUGAAAGACAUGUACGAUCAGGUGCUGAAGUUCGGUGCGUACAUUGUCGAUAGCCUCAGGCAGUUUAAACAGCCAGUUCUUGUCUACAUCCCCCCACAUGCUGAGCUAAGAGGAGGGUCCUGGGUAGUAAUUGAUCCAACAAUCAACCCUGUGUACAUGGAGCUUUAUGCAGACAAGGAGAGCAGGGGAGGCAUUUUAGAAGCUGAAGGAACAGUGGAAAUUAAAUUCAGGAGGAAGGAUUUGAUAAAGACCAUGAGAAGAAUUGAUUCAGUCUAUGCCAGACUUGUUGAACAGCUGGGUACCCCAGAACUCCUAGAAGAGGAUCACAGAGAGCUGGAGAAGCAGCUGAAAGCUCGGGAAGAGCUCCUGUUACCCAUCUUCCACCAGGUGGCAGUGCAGUUUGCUGACCUUCACGACACGCCAGGAAGAAUGCACGAGAAGGGCGUUAUUGCAGAUAUCCUUGAGUGGAAGAACGCCCGUACGUUCUUAUAUUGGCGUCUGCGGCGCCUCCUUUUGGAGGAGGUGGUGAAAACGGAGAUUCUGAAUGCGGACAGUGAGCUCAGCAACAUUCACAUCCAGUCCAUGCUGCGCCGCUGGUUCAUGGAGACGGAAGGAGCUGUGAAGGGCUAUCUCUGGGACAAUAACCAGGCGGUGGUGGAAUGGCUGGAGAAACACUUGCAAGAAGAGGAGGGUUCCCGAUCAGCCAUUCGAGAAAACAUCAAAUAUCUGAAACGGGAUUACGCCCUCAGACAUAUCCGGACCUUGGUUCAAGCAAACCCAGAGGUGGCCCUGGACUGCAUGAUUCACAUGACUCAGCACAUCACCCGUGCACAGAGGACCCAGAUCACUCGUCUCUUAUCUACCAUGGAUAACCCGCCCCCUUCUUGACAGAGAGGCCGCAAGUGGGGCUGCCAGGAACAAUCACUAUAGACAAGGAAGCGCACAGAGAGAAACCACUCCUUUUGAGACCAGAUGUCUUCUUGCCUGCGUGUAUUCGACCCUAGUGUUGAAGCCUUAGACUCUACUGAAGUCUCUCAAUAAAUGAUGCCAUUGCUGCAUUUUCAACCAUAAAAAUAGCUUUUCUGUGAACACCGUGUUCAUCCUGGAUUUGUGGGGACAAUUAAAAAAACAAAUCCAUUACAGUGGCAUUUUUGUGGGAUUUAAAUUCAACCCAAAUUGACCUCAGGAGCCUUGUCUCCAGAACAAAGCCGGUAGGGAUGGGCCCCGUGGUCAUUUUAUAACUGAAUUUAAAAUCGUUUAUUUUUUUUAUUGUAAACCCAGUAAAAUGUUGAGAUACAUUUCAUUAGAAUGAAUGGAGCUGGGAGUAGAAAUCAAACUCUGUAUAAUAGCCAGAAAGAGAAAUAUUUUUGUACUAAUGUUUGUUGUUGCCAAACAUCUGCCAGCAUAAUAAGAAAAUGGUGUUAUUUUUAAUGAACAAGAGAAAACUGUGUUUUGGAAAAACAUUCACGCUAACCACUAGAAAACCAUUGGAGAGCCUCUUCAUUCCCCUGCUAUGGCAGUGUUUAGUAGAGGUGAUUAUGAAAUAAUUCUUGGAGCAUGGUCAGGGAUUCCAGGGAAGGUUUCGACAGAGCCAUACAUUUCAACCUGUCCUUCAUUUUAUUUGUGGUCAGGACACCAAGUUUGCAGCUGUUAACACAGUUGUCAGUGCAGGAUUUGUUAAACAGCCCCAGUUCUAACAAGGGAAUGAAAAGGGGCAGUUGAAUUUUCCAUCUCUUCUUUAAUUGGUGUCCCCUUCCAUUUCAUCUUGGAAUUCCUUGGAAUUAUUCCAGUGUCUGCACCUGCUUCCCCACCCACCCACGUACACUCUAUUUGGAGUGGGGCGGGAAAGCACAUGUGGACCUGAUCUUGUCAGUGGUUAACCUGACCUCAUGAAUUAAGGUAACAUAUCACACACUUCAAACUAUUUAGUUUAGUAAAAGCAAUGAUUUAGAUCUUACUGUGCCUUGUUCUAUUGUGGUAGCAUGGAGGGUAACAAAUCCAUUUGCCUAAUGUAACUGCAUAAUAGUGGUGAUCCACCCUUUUGCCAUUUUAAAAAUAAAUCCUCAGGUCACAUAUAUCCUUCGACUGUCCUGGGUUGCAUAACCUCAUGACAAUACAUGUACCAUGUCUCACUGUAAUCUUUAAUCAUAAGAAUAAGAUACAGCUUUACGGCUCUUAGAUAUGGCCUUAUGGGAAUAGAAUAGGUUACCUGGUUUAAAUACAGUGUUAAAGCCAUUAUUUGGCAAUGUUACAGAUCCCGUCAGUUGAUUUUAAACCAAAUAUUGACAAAACCAAAGAGACGCACAGGACAGCUGUGCACACAGUGGGCUAGGGAAUGUGAUGAAACAACUUACUACAUGCAAUGCCAGUGGUGAGGUUUUUCCAAAAAGAAUGUAUUGUGUAUUUUAUUGAGAGGAGGGCAGCAGGAGAGACUUUAAAAGUUCCCUGAUUUGAAAGGUGUUACACCUGAACGAGUUUUGUCAGAGAGAGGAGGAUGUGUUGUUAACAAAACUCACUGUAUGGAAGGAGAAUUGGGAAAUUCAGCCCAACUGCUCCAAAUAAAAUGACGACAUUUUUCAGGGAG